CCAGCAGUCCUUCUGACAGCUCGUGCCGGGCCCCCUCUGCCUGCCCCAGACGGGCAGCAAACAACACUCCGCUCCGAGAGGCCUUCUUCUCCAGCGUGAUUGCGCCCCCACUGCUCUGCGCUUUGCUCUACUUGGCGUGGGUCGGUGCUGCAGUUCCAGAGGAGGACAGAGGGAUGGCGGGGAGCGGAGCCAGGAGUCGGGAGGGCCGUCGGGAGCAUGCCUUCGUUCCGGAGCCCUUUGAUGGAGCCAACAUAGCCCCACACCUCUGGCUGCACCGCUUCGAGGUCAUCAACGACCUCAACCACUGGGACCACACCACCAAACUCAGGUUCCUGAAAGAGUCUCUCAGGGGAGAUGCCCUGGAGGUCUAUAGUGGACUCAGCCCCAAGGACCAGGAAGACUACGGUGCUGUGAGAGAGACCCUCCUGAAAGCCUUCGGCGGGCCUGGGGCCACCCGCAGCCACCUGCCCAAGGAGAUCGUCUUUGCCAACAGCAUGGGUAAGGGCUACUACCUCAAGGGGAAAAUUGGCAAGGUGCCUGUGAGGUUCCUGGUGGAUUCCGGGGCUCAGGUGUCUGUGGUCCACCCCAGCUUGUGGGAGGAGGUCACGGAUGGUGACUUGGACACCCUGCGGCCCUUUGAGAAUGUGGUAAAAGUGGCCAAUGGGGCUGAAAUGAAGAUCCUGGGCAUCUGGGAUACAGUGGUGUCCCUGGGGAAGCUGAAGCUGAAGGCAGAGUUCUUAGUGGCCGACGCCAGUGCUGAAGAAGCCAUCAUUGGUACUGACGUGCUCCAGGACCACAACGCCGUCCUGGACUUCGAGCAUCGCACAUGCACCCUGAAGGGGAAGAAGUUCCGCCUCCUGCCUGUUGGAGGGUCCCUGGAAGAUGAGUUUGACCUGGAGCUCAUAGAGGAGGAGCCCUCCUCGGGGGAGGGGGGACAGGAGCUCUCCUACUGAGAAGCCCCCUUUCCUUUACCCCCCAAACAUCAGUGGGAGGACCCACCACAGUGGAAGGGAAGGGCAAAUAGCCUCAGGGGUCACUGGGUUUUGCCAGCCUUCUGGAACCAACUCUUGCCUCUUCCUCUCCCUCCUCCUCCAUGUGCAGGGGCCUUCUUCUGUCCCUGGUCAGGGAAGCUUCCAUCUGAGCAGGCACAGGUGAGGGAGAACAGGCUGGCUAUCUCAGAGGGAGGGAAGAGUCCUCAUAGUGGUCAAGCUGCUAUUGGUGGCAAAGAUUUAAGACCGGAAGGUUCCAAGACGACUAGAAAUGACUGUCUUUCAGAGAGGACUGGGGUACCUCUUCAGAUCCCCUGAGAUGCGGCUCAGUCCCUUCCAGCUCCAUGCGGUCCUUCUCAGCUGGGCUGGGUCCGGGCUACAAGGUCCUCACAAGCAAGACCCAGCCCUUGUGGGUGAGGGUCACAGCUGCCCUGGGAGUCUUCCCUGCUGGGUCUUCCCACCUACCUGUAUGAUGUAGUUUCCUUCUGUCAUUUGCUCUGAAACUCAUUGAGCCUUAUGCCCAUAAUUCUUUACUUCAAAAACCAAUAAAAAUUGACUCAUGGAAAAAAAAA